AUGCAGGGAACGUGGAGCGUGCUCAAGAAGAACUGCCUGAACUUCGUCCCCGGGCUGGCACUGUUCGCCAGCCAGUCUCGCGAUGCUUUCGCGACGUGGCUGAAGAUCUACAAUCGUGGGUACACGUACGGCCCGCAGGAAUUCUACGAGCAGGCUGAGGUGUACACUCCGGACUACUGGAAGCGCGGCCACUCUCAGGACAAGAAUAUGUGGGUGGACAUGAAUCUUAGCGAGGAAGUGUCGCAGAAGGAGCUGGCGCAGCUGAUGCAUUACAAGCUCGACCUCUGGCGCAUGGGACACGGCCUUGGCCUCGGCCUGUUCCUUGGCGGCUACGCACUCAUCCCGGCCUUCUUCUGGCUAUCGAGCGACACCUUUGCCCCGUCAUGCUUCUGCAAGACCGAUGAGGAGAAGAAAGCCUGGCGUGAGGCGCAGGACAUGUACCGCUACCGCAGCGCCCCAUCCUACAUCAUGGACACUAAGUGGUACUUCGACUUCCACGCGUACCCGUGGAACGCGACGCAGGAGCGCGCCUGGGACGACCUUUUCGAGAAGAACAACGUGCGCCGCGACCCGAAGUUGCUGCGCCCGGCCGCUGAGAUGUACGACGGAUUUCUGAAGUUCUACCAGAUCCGCCGCAAGUCGCUCCGCCACCUCGCGCGCAGCAUGAACCUCCCCACCUUCCCGCUGCUGAGUCGCACGUGCGCCAGCACCCGCGUGAGGGACUACUGGAACCUGGCGUGGAAUGAGGACUACAUGGUGAUCACGCAGAAACUGCACCAGCAGAUGUCGGACGAGGACCUGCAUGACUACGCGUGGCGUCGCUUCCUAGCCCCGUGCGACAAGAACCUCUCGCGCGACGAGAUCAUGACGCGCGUCAACGACUACCACGAUUUCCUCGGCCCCAAGUUUGUGGAGGAGGGCAAGGCCCCGAACCUGAUCAUCCUGACCAACUACGUGCUCGGCUACUACAACGACCCGGCGUACCUCGUGGAGGAUAUUUCCGCGUUGGAUGGCAACGACUUCGAGUACAUGGCACAUUACGGCAAGGAUGCCUUCCUGCGCCGUCUCGAGUUCGAGAACGGCCCGCUGCGUGACCAGGUUGAGGCCCACACGCAGAAGCUGAUCGCCGAUCGCGCGGCUGCGGCGGCGGAGGUGGCGACGACCAAGGCACCGCAGGUGACGGCGUAG